AAGCGUGGGGUGAGAGCUGGGGAGGGCGGGCUGCGCCUGCUGGGGACCGGGUGGCCGGCCAGCCCCACGGGAGGCACCGCCAUGGCCCGGCAGGAGCAGGAGAAGGAGCCAGGCUCGGCAGAGCACAGAGUAGCUGGCAUCGCCCAGACGUUCACCUUCCUGGAAGCCUCCCAGCCUCAAGUGAGAAGCCUGGCCCGCAAGUCCCAUCUCUGGCCAGCCGCUGCGGAGAGCAGGGAGCAUUUCCACCCACUGCAGAAGAUGGACACCACCAGAAGCCUCAGCCGGGGCAGCCAGGGCCUGGGGAGCUGGGGUAGGACUGCGGGCAAGCUGUCCUUUGGCUCUGGCAGUACCCGGCGGAAGGAGCUGAAGGAAAUCCUCCUGCAGUGCAAUAGCCCUGGCAGCACCAAGCGCUUUUCCACCGUUCAGAAGACAUCUAACAGCAGCAGCGUCCUUGCAGGACCACAACAAGAACAGAAGCCUGAGCAGAGCCCUGAGGUACUGUCCCUUGCCCUUGAUCCCCUGGAGCAUGAGUGGCUGCUGACGGUAGCCCAGGGCGACGCAGACAACAUUGUCCGGCUGCUGGACCUGGACCCCAGCCUGCUGACCAGGAGAGACUUUGUGACUGGCUUCACCGCUCUCCACUGGCUUGCCAAGCACGGCCACCAUGAGCGCUUCAUCCAGGUCAUCUCCCAUGCCCAGAAGAUGGGCUAUCCUGUCAACGUGAACAUCCCCACAGCCAGCGGUGGGCUCACCCCCCUGCACCUGGCUGCCCUGCAGGGACAUGAGCUGCUCAUCAAAGUGCUGGUGGGAGCCUAUGGGGCGGACACCAGCUGCAGGGACCACAACGGGCGCAAGGCUUGGCAGUACCUGAGGGCAGACACCUCCAGGGAGCUGAAGGAGCUGGCGGGGGCCUUGGAGGAGGACUUGGUCCAGCUGUGCUCUCACAACACCAACAACAACUGUAAGUCAUCCAGAGAGGCCAGGGCAGGGCGGGACUGCGUGGACUCUGGGGCCGAGGGGAAAGCCCAGCGCUCCUGGAGCCUGUCGACCCUCCGAGGCUUUGUCAGACAGGCGUUCAAUUUCUUCCAAGAGCGCUGAAGCUCCCCCGGCCCAUUCACCUGCAAACCCGUGCUGAAUAGCAGCCGGAUGAGCCUGAAGGGAGCUGGGAACUUGGCGAGGGUCAGCACUCAAAAUCCUGGCCAAGUGGGGAUUAACCCCCUGCAUGGGGGCACCACGGCCACCCCAGGUCUCCUGUGGUCUUUUGGGGCUGUGCUGGUGUGAGUGUGCGGGCAACCAUGGCCAUCGGGAGCACCACUUGGAGCCAGCCCUUCCAAAAACCCACCUGGCUGUCCACCGGGUGGACAUUUGGGCUGCCUAUCCCUGGCUAUCGGCAUGUGACAGCAAUUGGUUAAGCAGCAACCCAGCGACUUGGUUCUCCCACCUAUAAAACAAGGAUGUCGGCACUGCUCUGGCUCCCAGCAAGGCUGUGAGGUUGGGCUGGUCAUGGCGCCUUGGGUGCCUGGAGAGAGAUGCUGGCAGAAUAUAAUUAAAUAUUUCAUAACCAUACUCUGGAGAUGCCAGAGGCCUGGCAAUGGGCUGAUGAUGGAGAAGAAACUAUGGCUUCAGAAAUAACCCCCCCAACACUUUUUUAUGUACGCUUCUCUGCUGGCAGAGAGAGUGGGUACAGACAAGCGGACCGAGCUGCAAACGCUUUCCAGCCCCCUGUGAGACCUCAGGGUCUCUGCUGCAUGUGCCUCCUCUGGGUUCCUGUGUUUUUUAUGAUAGAUAAAGUGGUUUCUCAGUAAAGCAAGAGCUGGAAUGCCUGGUUUGCCACAGGCGGCUGGGCCCGGAGAAGACUUUGUAAGUGCAAGACAAGUCCCCCUGGCAGCCCUUCCCUAGGGACCCCCAUCCAGGGGAGCCUGAGAGCCUCAGCCCCACUGGGGAUGGAGGAAGCAGGAGGGACACUGGGUAGCAUGCGGUGGCUCCUGCAUGGGCUGGAGUCCAGCUGCAGUGCUGGAAAGAUGAUUCAUUGCUCAAAACCCUGGGAAAGGUAUGAAGACUGUGAGAUUAUCUUUGUUGCUGUUGAGGUCACACUCAAAAAUGAAACUCUCAAGAAACAUCCCUACAGCAGUAUAAUCCCACGUGUAUGUACUGGCAACUGAAUGAAAAGGACAAAGCCUCUGCUCGCCUGCUUGUGUUUUGUUCACCAAAUGGAGCUCUGCCCAGCUGAUUUCAACUUGCUUUUCACGUUCUCAAAGGCCAGGGCUGCUUCAAAAUGUCUUCAGAAAAACAAGGGCCCCUUCCUCUUUUUCAUCAUCAUGAGACCAUUUCUGCCCCCUUAAAUAGCAGUCCCGUUUGAGAAGUGACUCAGACAGCAACCAGGGAGUUUCUGUUCCCCAUCGCAGAGCAGCAGCCCUUGCGGAGACACCUCACGUUGGAGGGGAGUUGUGGUUUCUUUCCAGCUGCCUUUCUGGGGGUCUGCAGAGGUGACCAGGGGACUUGAGAUGACCUCUGGCCCGGCUGCGUGGGUGAAUUUGCACCUUGAUGCAGAAAGAGAAAUACCUCGGGGCAACUUGAGCCUUUGGGUUUCACAGACCCUGAGCAAACCUCAUUUAUAUUCAGAUUGUGCUCUGAAAUGCUGCUCAGAAACAGGAAUAACCCAGUCUGCAGCGGAUGAUACAUGGAAGAACAGCCUCCAGAUGAGUGGAUAGUGAUCAAGUGCCUGGAUAGUUCCCAGACUAGGUGACUGGGUGGACAGAUAGAUGUGUCUGAACACCUUUUUAAUGACUGAGGUCAGCAGCGGAGACAUACAAAAUACACUGGGAAUGGAUUUAAUGCCUGAUCUA